AUGUUCUCGAGCAACGCGAAUACCGACUCUGACUCCUCGUCACGCUGCAGCUCAGGCUCUCCGGCGGGGGAAACCCUCGCCUACUACCCUCAGUCGCAAGCGGACGCGUUAUUGUCCACAUCUUCUGCCUCUCCGACAGAGACCACCCAGAUGGACGUGUCUGAGGUUCCGUUUGCUCCCACGGUUACUGCGAUCUCAACUACCCCAGAUUUGCAGUGGAUGGUCCAGCCGACCAUCAUUACGUCGGUCUCACCAUCUCUGGGCAAAGCGCAGACCAGUGAAACGCAGAACUCCGUCCCUGCACCCCCCAAAGCUGGCAGUAACAAGGGCAAACAUUCCUCCAGGAAGGGGAAAAACGAACUGCUUUCUCCAGAGGAAGAGGAGAAGAUGAAGGUGAGGAGAGAGAGGAAUAAGAUGGCUGCUGCAAAAUGUCGCAAUCGAAGAAGGGAACUCACUGACACCUUGCAAGCUGAGACAGACCAGCUUGAAGACGACAAAGCCACGCUGCAGGCAGAGAUCAACAGUCUGCUGAAGGAGAAGAAGAGGCUCGAGUACGUCCUCGCCACACACAGACCCACCUGUCAGAUGCUCACAGAUCUGGAGGGCGUGCUCCAGGAAUCCAGCCCGUCUCCACAGACCCCCUCCAGCCCCGACGCCUUGGGCAAGCUGCUGUCCGAGGAGGGGCCCCAGGAGGCGCCGGUGCUGCCGGAGCUGGACGACCCUGUCGUGCCCUACUCGGCCAUCUCGGGCAACUCUAACAUCCUGCUGUGUGCCACGGCGGAGGACAGCGACCUCUGUGACCUUGAGCCCAGCUUGGACGUCCGGGAAGAGCUGCUGGACAACCUGCUGGUGGGCGCCGAGGAGCGCAUGCACGUGGAGACGGCUCGCUCGGUGCCCGACAUUGACCUGAGCGGGCCGCUGGGCCUGGCCGACUGGGAGACGCUCUACAAGUCCGUGGCCAGCGACCUGGAGCAGCCUCUCAGCACACCAGUGGUCAGCAUGUCCACGCCCAGCUGCAGCAGCUACCUGUCGGUCUUCACGUUCACCUGCCCUGAGCAGGACUCGGUCCCCGACGGCGCUGAGUUUUGUAAAAGCGACUCCAGAGUGGACAUCCUCAACUCUCCCACCCUUUUGGCUCUAUGAGUGAAAUUGUGACAAGAUGGCAGAGAACUGGCUGGAUUUACUGAUUGGAGAUCACUAGACUAAAUGUCAUGUUGUGCUGUCCAGAUUUUGACUUGAUGUGCUGUUGGUGUAACGCCACUGGUUGAAUGGCUGCAUCAAAGAAAAUGUUAAGUGUGAAAGAACUUGUAUUAACCCUCUUCCAGGUAGCUAAUGUAGCUAAAAGCAUGGCUAUUCAUUUUAUGGAUGGGUAUGAACCAUGUUCUGGUUUGAAAAGCAUGCAGAGAUGCUAUAUAUAAUAUCAGAGUUAGUUUCAUCUAUGUUUAUUCUUGUUCUGGGUUUACUGUAUUGUGGAAUGGACUGAGUUUGUGUUUUUGAUGGCAAUUGUAUAUUAAUAACUCUGAAUGUUGUGCUUAUGUACAUAUCCUUCAUGGGUCAUACCUCGGUGUCAUCAUUCAGACUGUGUUUUGAUUCAUUUGUUAAAAAAUGUUUAGAGUUUUCCAUGAAAACAUCCCGUGCUAUAUCUAUUGAGAUGUACUCUACUAUAAUUUAUUUUUCUACCAUUUGAAUUUUGACUUGUUCGUCAAAAAAAGUUAAAUGAGCAUUGAUUGCUUAUGAAUAAAUAUCCAC